UUCGGGUCGCCCGACUUCACCAGAGCUCGCAGCCCUCCGUCACACCCACGACCCCGAAAGCGCCCGAGCCCAUGCCCCUGCCCCGUCGGGGAGGGGAACCGCGCCUGGCCGGCGCCCGUGUGGUCCGCACUACCCUCCCGCGGGCGACGCCCCGCUCCCCAAGGCGUGUCGGCCGCGGGACCCCUCUGUUGAGCCAUGCGCAACGCCUCACCCGGCGGCGCCAUUCCUCCGAGCAGGUCCCACCGGAGUCCGAGCAGGCAGACUUCCGCUCUGGGAAGUGGGUCCAAGAGCGCGCCGGAGGGGACGCCAGGGACCCGCAGCACACGUCGCCUGCCAGGAUGGGCUCCCGGCAAAGGGUUGCUGGUACAGAAGAAGUGGUGAUCCCCUGUGCUUCUGACAGUGACUCAGGAAGUGUAGAUCUACAGCUGAGCAACUUAGAAGACAUUCAGAAAGAUGGAACUAAUGUUGAAUUUGCAGAUUCGGACAUCCCUGACAUCCCUGAACUCGUUCAAGAGUCCCUUCCAGAUAACCUCAGACCCCAGACUCCCCAGGCACCGCUCAAUGAGGCCAGUAUUGAGAGGCUGGUCCAGUCCAUCCAGGAGGUUUUACAUGGUGAGCUAAAGGGUGAACCUGAAAAGUUGAUGUUCCUAAGAUCUUUGUCUUCCUUGAGCCAAACUUUACCUUAUGAUGAAACCAUAGAAUCAUUUAUUCACCGUCACACACCAGAAAUAGUGCAUGUCCUAAGUGUGCUGGUACAAGAGGAGCCUCUGCACUCUCUAUCCAGCAUGGUGCGCCAGGAACUCUUUGUCACCAUCACUGAUCUCAGUUACAAAGAUGUGCACCUCUUGUUUGGCUCCGAAGACCGAGAAGACUUGCUUGGUCUUAUCACCAAAAGUAUAAUCUCUCUGCCUGCCAUAAUCACCCCUACCCAGCUGCCGAGCACAGUGUCAAACCAGACCAACCACCCAGAGUGUCUCUACAGACAGACGUUCCAGGCCUUCUCUGUGAUGCUGCAGAGCCUGGUGAUAAAAGACCCACAUUUGGAAAACUUUGACAGCAUUUUUAAGCACAUGGACUCCUGGUUACAGUCAUACAAAGACCAUGAGCGAGAACGAGCUACAGCCGUCAUGGCCCAAGUCCUCAAAUGCUUAUCCUGUUAUCUCAGCCUGAAGCUUCCACUGCAGUUCCAAAGGCUUGGACAUCUGGUGGCUGUGAUGGCACUGCUGUGUGGUGACCCAAUGAAAGAGGUGGCUGAAGAGGCUGCAGAGGGAACACAUUACCUGCUUCAUAUCACUCUGAAACUGAAGUAUAUCACACAGGGCAGAGACAAUGGCAAGAGCUUGAAAGAAACUUUGAAAAAGUGCCGGGAGCUGCUGGAGCACUAUAGCGUCAAACACUUCUACCGCUGUCCAUUCAAAAUCGUCCAGGUUUUUGAAGUUUUCCUUGAUUCACAAGAACUUGGCCAGUUUAUAAUGACUACAUUGGACAGCCUGAAAAGCCUGCCCCAUCCCAGUACCCAGAAGACAGCAGGAGAGUUGUUGAUAACUUUGGUGAGGAGUGCAGAGGCCCGAUUUGAGAAGGUGCCAGAAAUAAUAGGCGUUAUCUGUGCCCGGUUAUCAAUAAUCACUCUGCCUACUGUCCGGCAACAAAUCAUAAAUACUGUGAGUUUGUUUAUCUCCAGACCUAAGUAUACAGAUAUAGUGCUCAGCCAUCUUUUAUGUCAUCCAGUGCCAUAUGACAGGCAUCUGGCUGAACUGUGGAGAACCCUGGAGGUAGAACUGUCUAACACGACCUGGGUCCUGUGGAGGCUCCUGAGAAAGCUGCAGAAAUGCCAUGAUGUGCCCACCCAGGAGAAGAUGGCCUAUGUGGCUGUUGCUGUAACAGAUGCCCUUUAUGAAGUGCUCAUGGGAAACAAACUUCGAGCAGCUGCAUUCCGACUCUUUCCUCAGCUCUUGAUGACACUGCUCAUCCAGAUUCACCACAGCAUCGGCCUCACUAUGUCUGAUGUCAACAUCCCAAGUGGCCUGUAUGCAGAACAGGAAAUACCAAUGGAGGUCACACCUUUGUGCUUUGCCAUACAAGCUACAAAGACUCUCCUCCUCAGAACAUUGUGCUGGCAGGAAUUUAGCAUCAUGGAAAAGAAUGAUGGAUGGAGUCUUCUAAAGGGAGCAUGCCAUCUUCAGGGAGUAUCUCUCCUUGCCAAUGCCUUGCUGGAAAGAAGUCACCUCUUUGCAUAUAAGACCAUGUACUUGUUAGUCCCUUUGAUUAACCGAGGGAAUGAGAAACACAAGCUCACAUCUGCAGGCUUUUUUGUGGAGCUCUUAAAGAGUCCAGUGGCCAGAAGAUUGCCCAGGUUAUACUCCACUGUUCGCCUGAAAGACUGGCUGUAUGAUGAGAAUAAGCUCUUCAGGAUUGUUGCACUGAGAGGACUAUGCAAUCUUGUCAGAUACCGAGAGAUGAGAGAAGACAUCAAAAGCGUGAUACCCUGCAUCUUAGAUAGCUUGCAAGAGACGGAUGAGAGAAUCGUUUUGUUGGCCAUCCAGACACUCAUGCAGCUUGUCAAGACACUGGACUCCGCCACCUUGGCUACCAUGAUGAAGAUCCUGUGCUCCUUAUUUGGUGAUAUGAGACAUGGCAUCCAUCAUUUCUCCAUGACUCUCUUUGGAGCCUCCGUAAAGGCUGUGAAGCACACAGAUAAGAAGUGUGUGGAGAGCCACGUCCUGGAAAGCCUGGUUCCACUACUUCUGUUUUCACAGGAUGACAAUGAUGACAUAGCUAAGGAGAGUAGACGAGUCCUAAGUCUAUGUGCCCAGUUCCUGAAAUGGAAGCUGCCCCGAGAAGUGUACUGCAAAGAUCCCUUAUACAUCAAACCAAAUGAAGUUAGAAGGGUCUGCAAAUUCUUUGGCGAAAAAAGCAAAGGGAAAAUAAACAUCCUAGACCAAACACUAAUGUAUUCCAAGGACCCAAAACUUCCCAUCAGAAGAACUGCUGUCUUGUUUAUAGGGAUCUUAUCAAAGUAUGUGGAUCCGAGUGAACUCAAGAGCAAGGGUCCUGACUGGUUAGAGAAUGAUCUGAGAGAACUGUUACAAGACCCUGAGCCCUCUUUGCGCAUCAUUGCCUCCCAGGCUCUGUUCAGAAUCCAGAGGGUGAGGAAUGAGCCAGAACCCAAGAUAAGAGUUUCCUGGUCAAGGAAGCUCUUUGGCUGUCUGAAUACUUAGAAUGCAAAACACAUGGCAGCAGAUGGAGAAACUGAGGAAACAAACAUGAAAGUGAGUUGCUCUGGGUCACACAACUAGUAAAUGGCAAAGCCAGGAUUACCCAAGUACUCUGAUUCCUACACCCACAUCCUUGGUUAGUCUGCUGUAUUCUUCUCCAGUCUACUCUUUCUUGCAAAUGGGAAUAAACACAGAUCUGCUCUACAGUUCA